AGGGCUAUGAGGUGACGGGAAGAUGGCGAGCGAAGCGGGCAGGAAGCAGUUCUGGAAGCGGAACGUUUCCCGGGUGCCCGGCAGCAUUCAACACGUGUAUGGCGCUCAGCAUCCUCCUUUUGAUCCAUUAUUGCAUGGAACCUUAAAACCAGGAUCCAAGCCACCGACCACUCCGGUGAAACUUAAGAAAGUGAGCACCUUCCAAGAAUUUGAGAGCAACACCAGCGACGCUUGGGAUGUUGGAGAUGACGACGAUGAACUCUUGGCGAUGGCUGCUGAAAGCCUUAACACUGAUGUGGUCAUGGAAACGGCUCACCGUGUGAUUCGGAAUCACAGCAAGUUGCAGGAGCAGCACAAGCUGCAGGAGGGACAGGUGGUGGAGAAGGAGCACCCACCACAGCUCCCGGACCCACCUCCAGCUGUGUGUGGAGACAGCAGACUGGUUAAAUCUGUCAGUGACAGCAACACAUCGAGUUCUGCAGAUAGUUCUAGUGAAAAUGCUUCCAUGCCAAGAUCUCAGUCACUUCCACAGUCCUCAGCAGUUGCUUUGGUGGGGAGAGCUACGGACCAUAAUACCUCAGGUGGUCUUGUACUGUCUGAAAGAGAGGCAUCGCGAUUGGAUAAAUUCAGGCAACUCCUGGCUGGCCCAAACACCAAUCUUGAAGAACUGCGGAAACUGAGUUGGUCGGGAAUUCCAAAACCAGUCCGGCCAAUCACAUGGAAGCUGCUUUCAGGUUACCUCCCUGCCAAUGUAGAUCGGAGAGAAGGCACUUUGCAAAGAAAGCGGAAAGAGUAUUUUGCAUUCGUUGAACAAUAUUACAACUCAAGAAAUGAAGAAACUCAUCAGGAUACAUAUAGACAGAUUCAUAUAGAUAUUCCUCGUAUGAGUCCAGAGGCUUUAAUUCUUCAACCCAAAGUAACAGAGAUAUUUGAAAGAAUUCUGUUUAUCUGGGCAAUACGUCAUCCUGCCAGUGGAUAUGUUCAGGGUAUUAAUGAUCUGGUUACUCCAUUCUUUGUUGUCUUCACUUGUGAAUAUGCAGAAGAAGAAGUGGAAAAUUUUGAUGUUUCCAGUCUGCCUGCCGAAGCACUGCAGAACAUUGAAGCUGACAGUUUCUGGUGCAUGAGCAAACUGCUUGAUGGCAUUCAGGACAACUAUACAUUUGCUCAGCCCGGUAUUCAGAAGAAAGUGAAAAUGCUGGAAGAACUGGUUAGCCGAAUCGAUGAGCAAGUACACAGACACUUGGAUCAACAUGAAGUGAAAUACCUCCAGUUUGCUUUCCGUUGGAUGAAUAACUUGUUGAUGAGAGAAGUUCCCCUGCGGUGCACCAUACGGCUUUGGGACACGUAUCAGUCUGAACCAGAGGGGUUUUCUCACUUCCACUUAUACGUUUGUGCUGCCUUCCUUGUCAGAUGGAAGAGGGAGAUCCUAGAGGAAAAAGACUUUCAAGAACUUCUAAUGUUUUUACAGAACUUGCCCACGAUGCACUGGGGAAAUGAAGAUAUCAGUGUUCUCCUUGCAGAGGCCUACAGACUGAAGUUUGCAUUUGCAGAUGCCCCCAAUCAUUACAAAAGAUGAAAGAAUCAGAAACCACACACAGAGAUUAUCUUGCUUGUUGUGGCAUGGUGUCAUUUUCUCAUUAUCUGGUUGUGCUGACAUGAAUACGCAGCAGUGUAUUUAAAUAAAAUACUCCAUUUAUAGCUCAACGAAAAACUAGGCAAUGAGUGGAUUACCAAAGAAGUGGACAAACCAAGCAAUUGAGAAGCAUGAGAUUGACUUCAGACUGGACAUUCUUGGUCAGUUUGCACAGAAAUGAUAGAUUCAUAUUCAGUUUUGGUUUCAUUCGGCUCUUUUUGCUUUGGUAAUUCUUUGACUGAAGAAAGUAUUUUCUGUUCAUUGGUAUCUAAUGACUGAUUGUUCUGUCUCAAUGAGCCUUGUUUCCUUGUCCAUUAUAUUCAUUAUUUUGAUAGAAGCACUGCUGGUCUCUGAUCGCCUUGUCAGCUA